UGAAGUGGAGCUUUUAUUAGCGUCAUUAUUAUUAUUAUUUGUAGUAGUACGAGUAUAUAAAGGUGGGGCUGCAGCCGUUACAGCCAACAAUUAUUUCCUUUAUGGAUUCAUCUGUCAAUUAUUAUCUCAAUUAGUCAUUUGAUUUCAUAAUGACAGUGGCCAAAACAGUGUUGACUCACAGUUCUGUCCCAUUAUCAUUUCAGUCAUUUGAUGAGUGUUACUCCAAAUCUGUCACCCAUUCAGAGUUGACCAAAUAUUGACAGGUGAGGUGUUAGUAUUCCACAAACAGACCUACUGCCCAUGUGUUGCUGCUGUGUGUGACCCUAUCUAAAUACCUUACACAAUUUUGGUAAAAGCUAUGACAAUGUCUUAUUUACAGUGACAUUCCUAAUCAAAGAAUCUGAUGGGUCACCAAAUCCACUGUAUCUCCUGCUUCUCCAUAUUUAUUUAACUGUCAUUCAGCUGAUGAAUGAAAUACCUCUGUGUUGAUCAGCUCCUCCACCCGAGUGUGCCAGCUCAAUACCUGAACAGCUUCAUAAAACUACUUGCUUACAUUUUAAACUUUAACUGAUUUCAAAUGUCCAAAAGCAGUUGUAAAGCCUGUUAAAUUGUGUCUGAACUAGUGACCUGUUAAUAUUAAAUACAUGUGCUAUAACACUCUGAAAGGAUACAUACUUUUAAUACUAAAGUAUAUUUUGCUGCUCAUAAUAUUGCAAUUUUGUUUUUCAUUUUCAAGUAAAGUCUUGAAAGCAGAACUUGUAAUCGUUUGCUUAUUUGUUGUUUGAUUUGUUAUGUAGAAGGCCAAUUUUACUUUUACUUGAAGGAUCUACUUUAUCCACUGCUGCGUGUAUGUCAGAGAUGAAGCAAAGAAGGUACAUCUAAUUUAGAUAAUGUUACAUCCAGUUUGAGGUUAAACAUUUUUUGCAACACCACAUUUCAGCCUACUUUUUCACUACCUUUAACUAACAGUUGUUUAGACAGUGUAUACAUUGCCGACUAAGAUAUGAGACUCAUGUCUCUACAAAAUGUAAAUUUUUGGGAAGUUAGAAAAAUAACUGCCUGGUUUUAGUCAGUAAACAUGCAAUUUGGCAUGUGGGGGUGAAAACAUUAUGAACUUAGGGAGAAGAAUGAAAACAUUAUAAACUUAGGGAGAAGAAUGUAAUCACCGAACGUAUUUGAAAGCAUCAAAAUAACCCAAACUGAAAAAAACAUUACCAACAAUAUUAAAAUACUGCUUGUGUAAUAAUCAUUCACCUACAUUUUAACAGCGAAAGACCAAUCUUCCCCAUCAGCGCUAUUACUUUAGAUAACUAGUAAUUCAUGUUACGCUUAUUUGUUUAGUGUAUGUACAACACAUCAUUUAUUUAUCUAUUGUGGCUUCUGAACACUUUCCACCACUAGUCUGCGUGUGAAAACGUGUUGAAAACAAGUUUGGAACUGGACCAUCAGCUUGACUUGUGGACAAACAUUUGAGCAGAGAAGAAGAAUUCAAUACAAGAGUACACACAUCUGGUCACUUCCGGCUUUGCUUUGCACCACGAAAUCUUUCUUGUUCCUUGUAGUAUUUUUGAAUAUCGGUCUUGUUUUAUCAUUUUAUUGUUAUGCACGAAACUUAUUAUGACAUUUACUUCUCUCGACUAUGUAUUUAGAUGGUCAAUGAGGAGAUAGAGAUAGAGUUGCCGUGAUUUUAUCCUUCUCGUUCUGGAUCUUUGUUUCCGACGCAGCCGAAGUGGAGCUAUGAUUUGUUGUAACGAGACCGCAAACUGUUUUUACAGCAACGCGAGAUUACGACGAGCUCUAUGACGAAAGGGCCUGGAUAACAUUUAUUUAUGUUGUGUGUUAGACACGCAGUGGAUGCGCGUCUCUGUCAACAGAUUAUUCCGUUAAGCCAUUUGUUGAACAUCGACUACAAAUGCUCGGCUAUGUGUUGUUGUCGAUCUGACGCGGGAAGGCUAGAAGGAGGCCAUUCCAUGAAACCAUGAGUGCUCCAGCUCUGCCUGUGGUCUUCUGCUGUUGUCACAGGAAAAUCUGGUUGCAUUCAGCAGCGGCAGGCAAACACUCUGUUUUCCACCCGAUUACAGUCUUUCCCCCGGAUGCUAUGGAAGGACAAGCGCGAUGAAUAGGUACACAAAUAUCAGACAGCUCGGGGAUGGCACGUAUGGCUCGGUCGUCCUCGGCCGAAGUCUGGAGUCAGGAGAGCUGGUUGCCAUAAAGAAAAUGAAAAGAAAAUUCUACUCCUGGGAAGAAUGCAUGAACCUCCGUGAAGUCAAGUCCUUAAAGAAACUCAACCAUGCCAAUAUAAUCAAACUGAAGGAGGUCAUUCGAGAAAAUGAUCACCUGUACUUCAUAUUUGAGUACAUGAAGGAAAAUCUAUACCAGCUAAUGAAAGACAGGACUCGAUUGUUUCCUGAAUCUGCUGUAAGAAAUAUAAUGUUUCAGAUACUACAGGGGCUCACGUUCAUUCAUAAACAUGGGUUUUUUCACAGGGACAUGAAGCCUGAGAAUCUUCUGUGCAUGGGCCCAGAGCUGGUGAAAAUAGCUGACUUUGGGCUUGCCCGUGAAAUCAGAUCUCGACCGCCAUACACAGACUAUGUCUCCACCAGAUGGUACAGAGCCCCAGAGGUGCUCCUCAGAUCCACAUCCUACAGUUCGCCCAUAGACCAGUGGGCAGUUGGCUGCAUCAUGGCGGAGCUUUAUACCCUCAGGCCUCUUUUCCCAGGCUCCAGUGAAAUAGACACCAUAUUCAAAGUUUGCCAAGUCCUGGGUACGCCAAAGAAGAAUGAUUGGCCGGAGGGAUACCAUCUGGCUAGUGCCAUGAACUUCCGUUGGCCUCAGUGUGUUCCCAGUAAUCUGAAGAUGCUGAUCCCAAAUGCCAGUCCUGAAGCCAUUCAUCUGAUGACAGACCUGCUCCAGUGGGAUCCCAAGAAGAGACCAGCUUCAGCCCAGGCUCUCAGGUACUCGUACUUCCACGUGGGCCAGGCUUUGGGCACUCCUCAACAGAUCCUCGAGCAGGGCAGACCUCAGCCGGGCCUUGUGCCGCUGCAAGCUCCUUUACAGACGCAGCAGCAGCAGCAGCAGCAGCAACAACAACCCCUGCUGCUUAAGCCUGUGCCUCCCUCCCAUCCUCCAACUCCCAACCAACACUGCUCCCCCCCCAGGCCUCUCCAGCAGAUCCAGCCCUCCCCUGUGUUUGCAGCUGCGCAGGCGGCAGCGUACCAACGGCACACAGAGCUGGUGCGAGAGCAACAACCGAAGCACAUCCUGAAGCAGGAACAGACCGGAGGAACAGCACAGAGCCAUCUUCCUUACCUUGUUGACAAGAGUCUCCAGAGCAAGCAAACAAGACAAGAGACAGAAAAAGCAAACCUACUGAGCUAUCAGUUGAAGCCUAAAGGGGGGCGGCGGCGCUGGGGCCACGGCACGGGACACCUUAAGGGUGAUGACUGGGACGACUAUGAAGAAACGGAUCUGACAUCCAUAAGUAUUCUUGGAAAAAGCAACUUCUCCACAGAGAAGUCGAGGCCGGGGGAGGACACACUCUGCAGAUAUGGAAAUGUUCUGGAUUACAGUCGACCCAAUGGAAAGGAAGAAGCACCUUUAAACCUGAACAAGAGUUCAGCCUACCAGGAGCCACCGAGAACCGCGUCUGCCAAACAACAUUACUUCAGGCAGUCAAGAUAUUUACCUGGCAUUAGCACAAAGAAGAACGUGGCCAUCAAUGCCAGUAAAGACUUCUCCGGAAGCCAUCUUUGGGGCAACAGCAGUAUUCCAUUUGGAGGGACUCUGCCGAGCAGAGGUGCUCACGGUACCAAUACAAUCCCAGGGGGAUACAUGCCGUCGUUUUACAAGAAAGACGUCGGUUCAGCCGGUCACAGAAGGCACCAGGGUCCUCCAGUGGAAUCCACAGCAUCAAAUUAUGCAACAUGGCAGUCAGGCCGGAGUCCGAUGAACACCUCUACCAACAUGCCAUCGAGCAACAAGAGCACCCCCGGUCUGCUGCCUCGCCCACCGGUCCAGUCCAUCCACGGGCGAACAGACUGGUCUGCCAAAUAUGGACACCGCUAGUGCCCCGCCUGGAGCCUCUGAUGUGUGCUCCUGAGACUCUUUCACCUCCAAAGAGUAGGCCUAGUUGUUUUAUAACCUUAAUCUGUGCAUACAUCUUACACAGCAAUAAUUUUGUUUUUCAUUUUGUGUACUAUGGAUGUUGUGAGAUGUAAAAUAUGAGUGUAUGUGUAUACUUAAAUGCAACCGGACAGAAUUUGAGUGUUUUUAUUUUGUAUUUCUGUAACAUAGCUACUGUUCCACAGAGGGUACAACCUCAGUUUUGUAUCAGUGAAUGUUCACCAACAUGUACACAAUAAACUUCACUGUGAGUUGUUUUGGCUACAACUAAUUACUUUGCCUCUUUUUUUUUUUUUCUUACAUUGCUGCUGUUUUUGUUGUAUGAUGUAGCCUUGUAAUCAGGUAACUAUUUGCUGUGCAUCAUAAUGAAUACAAUGCAAGUGAUUCAAAUCUGUUCUAGUUUCUGAAGCUAACACAUGCUACUACCCCUUGGCCAAAAGUGAGUGUGAUUAUUGAAUUGCCAGUUGAGUAUAAUUAAACUUUUGACUGGGUACUGAUGUGUUCAACUUGUCUUUUUUCAUGAAACACUUUAAAUGGAUUGGCUGAGUGCAGGUCAGUCCAUAUGGUCCACACAGUAUGUUACCUAUCAGCUAUUAACUAACUCAUGUGCUACACAGCACCAUCUACAGGGGCUCCAGUGAAGUAGUGGCUACAGAUAAACCAUACAAUGUAAGAAGCGAUUAACCCAUCAAUGGUUUAAUUAUGUCAUGUGCUAUUUAAAAAGUGGAACUGGAAAUGUGGUCAUACAGUACGUAGAAUGUAGUUUAGGAUUAGCAAUAAAUAAUUAGUUUUUAAUGCAGCGGU